AUGGCCCAGCUACUGCCAAUAUUGGCUGGGACACAAAGAUGCUGCUCACUUCGUAGAGUGACCUUUCUUCUCCUAAUAGCUCUUGCCUUGGCCUUCUUUGGCUAUUGUUACCUGAAACCGAGAGCCCAGAAGCUAGAAAACAUCCAGGCUGGGGCAAGCGUGGCUGUUAGAGAACGCCAUGACCUACAAGAUGUAAAUUUACCAAGGAUGGUGUAUCCCCAGCCACAAGUGCUAGCACUCCCUAGGGAAGACGUCCUUCUCGUGACUCCUUGGCUGGCUCCCAUCAUCUGGGAGGGAACUUUCAAUAUUGACAUCCUGAAUGAGUGGUUCCGGCUCCAGAACACCACCAUUGGAUUGACCGUGUUUGCUGUAAAGAAAAACAUUAUCUACCUGAAGCAGCUCCUGGAGACCGCAGAGAGGCACUUCAUGGUGGGUUACAAGGUAAACUACUACAUUUUCACUGACCGCCCUGACCAUGUUCCUCGCAUUCCCCUCCAAAACGGAAGGCAGAUGGUCAUCCUCAAGGUCCAGAGCUAUUCCAGCUGGCGGGACAUCUCCCUGCACAGCAUGGAGGUGAUCAGCAAUUUUUCUGAGCAGCGUUUCCACCGGGAGGUGGAUUACCUUGUGUGUGCAGAUGGGAAAAUGAAGUUUACUGAGCACGUGGGCGUGGAGAUCCUCGCCUCCUUGUUUGGCACCCUCCAUCCUGGCUUCUAUGGGCUGAGUCGGAACAACUUCCCCUAUGAACGGCGGCCUCAGUCACAAGCCCAGAUUCCUGAAGAUGAGGGGGACUUUUAUUACACAGGGGCCUUAUUUGGGGGGUCCGUGCCAGAGGUUCACAGGCUCACCAAGGCCUGCUACCAGGCGAUGAUGGUCGACAAAAACAGUGACAUCGAUGCCGUGUGGCUUGAGGAGAGUCACCUGAACAAAUACCUGCUUUACCACAAACCCUCCAAGGUCCUCUCCCCUGAGUACAUGUGGAAUAAGCAGCUACUGGGUUAUUGGGGGGCAGAACAAGUGAACCGCUUGCUCAGAAUUGUAACCCGGAUUAGAUUGAACGUCUUGGGGAACAGUUUCCAAGAGUGA